AUGGACGGCCUUCACCACCUCGUGCCUCGCGGUCUCUACGAUGAACCCGUCCUUCCCGCCGGCAUCAACACGGCCAACCUCACCGCCGUCGCAGAGUACUAUGUCUCGCACCGCAUCCCACAGCGCUUCAACCCGGGCAUCGUCGUCGCCUCCAUCGCCGUCUCGGCGCUCGGCUCCUACUCCACCCUCCUCGUGCUCGGCAAGCGUACCUCCAACAAGGGUCUCAAGAACAUCUUCCUCCUCUCGCUCGCCGCCACCACCAUGGCCGCCGUCGGCAUCUGGGGCAUGCACUUCAUCGGCAUGCACAUGAGCCUCCGUCCCGUCGCAAACGUCAGCUGGUACAUCAAGGUCGACCCCGGAUUCACCGUCCUCAGUCUCUUCGUCCCCAUCAUUGCGCUCCACGCCGCCUUCUUCAUCGUCGACGCCGCCGUCGCCUUCAGCUUCGUCCGCACCGCCAUCUCCGGCGUCUUGACCGGCCUCAUCGUCAGUCUCAUGCAUUACUCGGCCUCGCUCAAGACCAGCUACGCCGUCAUCUACAGCCCCACCCUCGUCACCAUCUCCAUCGUCGUCGCCUGCGUCGCCGCCACCGUCGCCCUCACCGGCUUCUUCAAGUUCCGCUCCCAGUGGGAGGACUCGUGGUGGAAGCGCAUGCUCUGCGCCUUUCUCCUCGCCUCGGCCGUGUCCGGCAUGCACUACAUCGGCGUCUGGGGCACCUCGUACAAGGUCAAGCCUUCCACCAUCUCGGGCUCCGACGAGAUCAGCCUCCUCACCGGUCGCCAGCGCAACAACGUCCUCGUCAUCGCCAUCGGCUGCAUGUGCUUUGUCAUCAUCUGCUUCUGCAUCUUCAUCGGCGUCUCGGACAUGCUCGUCGUGCGCGACGCACGUCGCAAGUCCAAAAAGGUCGUCGUCUGCUCCGCCACUUUCGACAAGCAGGGCCGUCUGCUCGUCAAGCCCGACGGCACCAUGCCCCUCCAGAUCAUCGAGACCGACGUAAACACCCGCGACAUCCUCGACGCCCUUGACAACCGCCAGCCCACCUUCCAGUGGCUCUACUCGCUCUCCUGGGACUGGGGCAUCAUCUCGCCCUGGCUCCGCGCCAUCACCUCGCGCUUCGCCGCAGAGUCGCAGAACGCCCAGCGCAACGACGCCCUCUGGAAGAACCGCGGCAAGAAGAUGAUCGCCCAGGGCCGUCGCAGCCUCGACCUCGGAGAGGAGCGCCGCAAGGGUCCCCAGAGCCUCGCCGACUUCCGCGACCGCUUCGUCGACGCCGCCGUCCACCUUGCCCACGAGCUCGACAUCCCCUUUGAGGAGAUCGGUGUCCUCUACGACCACGUCCUCCCCACCGGCACCCGCAGCAAGAACGGCGGCGCCGGCAACAUGAAUGCCGCCAUCCACGACAAGUUUACGCCCUCGCGCCAGUUUGCCGACGACGAGAGCUCCAUCAACGGUCCCGUCCCCAGCAUCUUUGGCGAGGGCAACGACCAGGAGGAGGGCGCCAUGCUCUUCCUCGUCCGCGAGCUCCCCAACUCGGCCGCCUCCACCGAACGCUUCCGCCAGAUGGGCUACCGCAUGACCGAGACGCGCUUCCUCGCCGGCGUGCUCGCCGACCGUGUCGCCGUGCAGAAGGAAGAGAUGGAGCCGCUGCUCGACUCGCUCAAGGUGUACGCCAAGCGCGGCACGCGCCCCGUCGUCCAGCCCGGCGGAGUGUACUGCGGUCUGUUUGGCGUGCGUGCCUCGACGAGCAAGGAGGGCGGCCUGGAUGUGCUCGUGUACAACUUUGCCCGCCACCAGAUCCCCGCCUACCGUUUGCCCGACGUGCAGUGCAUCACGCCCGAGAUGAAGACCUUCCUCGGCUCGCUCGACCAGGCCACCAUGGAGGACGCCAUGAAGGUGUGCGAGCGCGAGUCGAUCCGCUCGGGCGAGCGCCGCAAGUACCUCCAGUCCAUCUCGUCGGUCAACGUGGCCGACAACCACGAGAACGAGGCGGAGCAGGAGGCCGUCGAGCUCAUGAUCCAGUUCCAAACGGCGCUCUUCAUCGCGCUCGACGCGCUGCACAACUCGGUACGCUUCUACCCCAAGAUCUGCCAGACGGCGCGCAUCAGCGCCGAGGUGCUCGAGGUGCCCUCGAGCCUCGACGACUCGACACCGCCCGCCGAGAUGAUCCUCGUCCAGGCCGUGCUGCCCGAGGCACGAUCGAUGCACACCUCCUACGGCGCCUCGGAGGGCCAACACGUGGCCUCCGAGGUGGUGCCCACCGACAAGCCGAGCGCGGCGACGCCGUUUGUGUUUGUGCCCUACACGCUCUUUUCCAAGUCGCAAAUGAUGCUGCUGCGCGGUCGACAGGCGGACGACUUUGAGCACGAGGUGAUUCUCGAGAUGCGCAGGCGCUAUCCCUCGUCGCUCCAGUCCGAGGCCGAGGAGAAGGGCAUGUUUGGCGACGCGGCACCGCACCGCAUCAGCCACAAGGAGUCGUUCAUCUCGCAUGCCGGCCGAUUCGCAAAGGGAUACGCAGGCAGCGACGACGACGACAAGCUCGAGACCGCGUCCAAGUUCAGCGACGACAAGGACGUCGCGUCGCCCGCCGCCAACAAGGUCAACCUGCUGCCGAGCGGCAAGCGCUGGGCCAACCGCCGCGGCUCGCGCGAGGAGGGCUACGAGUACGAGCAGCCUCGCAACGCGGAUCACUCGACGGCGCUGUCGCCCGGUCGUCGCCAGUCGGUCACGUCGUCGCGCUCGCGUGCCACCAACGAGGACCACGAGAUGCGUCAGCUCAACGACGGCCCUCUGGCGCGCGCCGAUUCCGUGUUGCGCAAGAACGCCGAGGCCGGUGCGGGCAACAGCUCGCUGGGCAUCCGACGCUUCAUCCAGCAGCCUGGCAACGAGGGCACCUCGCCCGAUGGCCGCUUUGUCCACCCGGUCGAUGAUGCGAUCACGGAAGAAGCUCGUGAUGCCGACCUGCGUUCCGUGUCGUCGAUCGACGUUGCCGAGAAGGAGACGGCGUACCCUCCGGCUUCCGGAGCUUCGCCGUACAUGCCGCAGAGCAACGUGCGUGCGCUCAACGAGGCCUCCGCCGCUGCGUUCGGCCAAUCGCGCCCCGCAGCACGCCCCUCCACGGCACCGGCAAACGUGAUCCGCCGCGAACUCAACUUCCUGCGCCCCUCGUCGUCCGGUGCCGGCCAGAGCCAGCAGCAGCAGCGUGCGGGCACCGGCCACCGCCAGCGACGAAACCGCACCGCCGUCGGCCACGACGAAGGCAGCCAGAUCGCCCGCAUCCAGUCCGACGGCUGGCACACCAGGCAAAUCCAGAGCCUCGAACGAAGCCCCGCCGGAACCGCCCUGCUCGGCGUCGACUUCUAG